AUGGCGCUGGACGGAUCCAGCAGUUAUGUGGCUCCGAACAAUCUAACAGAGCCUUCGGACUCCCUGCCCAUCUUCGAUGUUCAGCGGGUGCAGCUCCAAUUCCCGAUCGCGGCGGACUUUGUAGCCGCUCAAGUCGCGAACAACGUGCUUAUCUUGGCCUUGUCGACAGGCCGGAUACUACGGAUUGACCUUGAUACCCCUGAAGACAUUGAUGAUAUCGACCUUCCAAAGAAGUCCUCGGAGAUUGGUCUGAUUCGACGCAUGUUCCUUGACCCCUCUGCAUCCCAUCUGAUCAUCACCACCACUCUUGGCGAGAACUACUACCUCCAUGCCCAGUCGCGCCAACCCAAGGUUUUGUCCCGAUUGAAGGGCGUCUCCAUCGAGAGUGUCGCUUGGAACCCGUCUCUCCCGACUGCAUCGACACGCGAGAUUCUUCUGGGUACAACCGAUGGAAAUGUGUAUGAGACCUACAUCGAACCGUCUACGGAGUUCUAUCGGCGCGAGGAGAAGUAUGUCACUGCAGUGUACAAGGUGCCGGACGCCUCUCCAGUCACAGGCGUCUGUGCCGAUUUAGUCCCGUCGCGGCCUGAUCAAAGACGGAUUCUCGUUGCCACACACGCCAAAUUGAUACAUUUCCUGGGUCGCACGGGGAGCGCCACCAAGCAUGGACGAGAUGGCGGUGGCUCCAUUUAUGCAGAUCUUUUCCAACGUGAGACAGCCCUGAUUCAUGAUAUUUCCCAUCCUUCAGGCUCCGCACCAUCUGCCCUGGUGGUAUCCUCCUCGAAUGUGGGAGGACACCAGACAGAAGUUCUCACAGAGAAGGAAUUUGCAUGGCUGAGCGCCGAGGGUAUUUACCAUGGCCAGCUCUCAUCCGAAAGCCCGUUCGACCACGCGAAUAUGCUUCCUCGCACAAAAUUCCCCGCGUCCCAAUCCGCACGAGGAGGGAAGAAGUUGAUACAGGAUCCGAUUUCUGCGAUGACUCUGACUCACUGGCAUGUUCUGGCACUAGUCGAUGGACGAGUGGUUGCCGUCAACCGCCUGAACGGAGAAGUUGUAUAUGAUCAGGCUGUGUUGGAGCCUCGGCAAAGUUCGUUGGGUCUAUUGACUGACCUCACGCAAAACACCUACUGGCUUUUCACCAGCAAAGGAAUUUUCGAAGUUGUUGCCAAUGAUGAGGAUCGAGAUGUAUGGAAGGUCUUCCUGAAAGAAAAGAAAUUUGACGAAGCGCUUCAAUUCUCUCACGGUCAUGCGCAACGCGAUGCUGUCUUGACGGCUUCGGGUGACUUUUUGGCUGAAAAGGGUAAUUACCUCGAGGCUGCCAAAGUUUGGGGGAAGAGCAGUAAAGGCUUUGAGGAGGUCUGCCUGACAAUGGUAGAUAACAAGGAGUACGAUGCUCUCCGAAAGUAUCUUCUUUCUCAGCUUUCCACUUAUAAGAAAGCAUCCGUCAUGCAACGGAUCAUGGUGGCUAGUUGGCUUGUGGAGCUCUUCAUGUCUAAGCUGAACGCCCUGGACGACAGCAUCGCGACCAAAGCAGAAUUGACCGAGGGCGCCACUGAAGGCCAGGUACAGGACCAACUGGGUGACAUGCGAGCCGAGUUUCAAGAAUUUGUCUCCAGGCACAAGGCAGAUCUGGACAAGAAGACGGUCUACGACAUUAUCAGCAGCCAUGGCCGUGAACAAGAGUUACUCUUCUUUGCAACUGCUACCAACGACCACAACUACGUUUUGUCCUAUUGGAUUCAACGAGAGAAAUGGUCGGAGGCACUGAACGUACUCCAGCGUCAGAGCGAGCCUGAUGUAUUCUACAAAUACAGCAGCGUACUUAUGACCCACGCGGCUACUGGGUUGGUUGAAAUUCUGAUGCGACAGACAAACCUUGAUCCCGAACGGCUUAUCCCUGCAUUGUUGAAUUAUAACAAGACUGCCAGCGUCUCCCUCAACCAGAACCAAGCUGUUCGCUACCUUAACUUCAUCAUCGUCAACCAUCCCAAACCCUCGGCAGCAGUUCAUAAUACACUCAUCUCAAUUCAUGCCUCUAGCCCGUCAACCUCUGAAGCGGGGCUUCUCACUUAUCUCCAAUCGCAGCCCUCAACCCCUCCUCCAUAUGACGCGGACUUUGCUCUCCGACUCUGUAUUCAGCACAAGCGGGUCCAGUCCUGCAUCCACAUUUACAGUGCCAUGGGCCAGUACCUGCAAGCAGUCGAACUCGCCCUGGAGCACAACGACAUCGAGCUCGCCGCUAUCGUCGCAGAUCGCCCCGAGGGUAACGACAAGCUUCGCAAGAAGCUGUGGCUCCUAGUAGCGGAGAAAAAGAUCCGGCAGCCCGGCACAGGCAUCAAGGAUGCAAUCGAGUUUCUCCGGCGUUGCGAGCUCCUUCACAUUGAAGAUCUCAUUCCGUUCUUCCCGGACUUUGUCGUUAUUGAUGACUUCAAAGACGAAAUUUGCACCGCUCUCGAGAUCUACUCGCGCCACAUUGAUGAACUACGUCAGGAGAUGGAUAACUCGGCACAAACAGCCCACCAGAUUCGGUCUGAGAUCGCAGGUCUAGACACACGCUAUGCGAUUGUGGAGCCGGGCGAGAAAUGCUGGAUCUGCUCGCUGCCUCUGCUGAGCCGUCAGUUCUUUGUUUUCCCUUGUCAGCAUGCCUUUCACAGUGACUGUCUGGGGAAAGAGGUGCUGGAAGGUGCGGGAGGCAAGAAGAAGUAUAUCCGAGAUUUGCAGGCACAGAUGGGCAAUGGAGAUAUCUCUUCUGCGCGGAGGGAAGAGAUUGUCAAGGAAUUGGAUGCGCUGGUUGCUGAAGCUUGCAUCUUAUGUGGUGAUCAUGCCAUUAAACAGAUCGACAAGCCAUUCAUCGCCGCCACGGAGACUACAGAUGAGUGGGCUCUCUAA